ACUCGAAAGUCGAGAAACUGCGCUCUCCCACUCUCGCUCUCCUCCUCUCUCCAGAUCGAAGGGUUUAAGCUGGGUUUAAGCGAAUUCCAAACCCUAACUUUCUCGGUUUUCUAGUUCCACUCCAUUUCUCGGUUCCUCUCUUUCUUUGAUCUCGCCAUCAAUUUGGCUUCUUGUCUAGGGUUUUCACCUGGUUUUGCCGCCGGAGCUCGUUGGUCACUCUUUCUCGCUGUUUCUGCUGCUUUUCGGGUUUUACAAUGGAGGAGGCUUCUUCUCUGGUGCCGAGAAGAGAAUUUCACGGCAAAUGAGUUGAUAUUGUGUUCCCGAGGGAUGAGGAUAUCGUUGGUUUCACUCAAGAGAUGGUUCUACAUGUUACGUUGGAAAAAGUUGUAAGAGAGAUUGAAUAUGAGCAAUGGAGGUGGGGAGAGUGGAUGUCAGCAAAGAGAAUUACACGUCAAGAGAAAGUUUCACAGAAAUGAUUUUGCUUAUGCAGUCGCAAGAUUGGCCGUGGCACAGACGUGCGAGAGCGUUGAGAUUAACACAUUACAAGAAUCACAGGUGCACGAGGGAGUGAGGUUCAAUUCUUUUCAAGAGUCUGCUCUUGAAACACUAACUGAUGUAGUGGUCCGAUAUGUCCAGAGCAUCGGUAAGACUGCGCUUUUGUAUGCUAAUAUGGCUGGUAGAACAGAAGGUAAUGCUUUAGACGUUGUUCAAGCGCUGGAAGAUUUAGGCUCUGGGUUGGGUUUUGCCGGUGCUUCUGAUAUUGACCAAUGUCUUACUGAUUCAAGCGUAGUAAAGGACUUAAUUCGUUAUAUUGGAGAAGCGGAAGAGAUGCCAUUUGCGUAUUCUCUUCCCUGUUUCCCAAUUGAUAAAGGGAAAAGACUAGCUCCUAGCUUUUCUGAAAUUGGAGCCGAGCCUCCUGAGGAGCAUAUUCCUGUUUGGCUUCCUGCAUUUCCUGAAACCAAGAUCCCUAUUCAGCCAGAGGUGGGGAAUGAGAGAGCUCUUGAUGGUGAUUCUGGUAAAGCUGAACUGGAUAUGCAGAGCAAAGAACAGGGAUAUGCUCAUUUAACAAUGCAGCGGUCUUCCCGUGGUGAUGGGCUAGAAUUUCACAAAUCUGUUCAAGUGGAUGUUGAAAAAUCAACAGGAGAAGCGAAAGGUAACCCGUUUCUUGCUUCACCUCUUAGAUUUGGGGAGAAGGAAGUAUCACUUGUUCUCCGCCCUGCAGAGCUUUCAAAUGUAGUAGCUAGCAUCAAUCACGAUCCUAAAAUCCAUACGUCCAACAAUCUCGUUCCAUUGCUUGAGGCAUUUGCUCCAGCUAAUGAGAUUGCAGAGAAGAGAUCUGAAUCUGAGGAUGGGGAGAAGAAAGAGCCUGCAAGAACACGGCAGCUGGUGCAUUUCAAGAUUGGGACUCGGAAGACAUCUAUGGGUUGGCCAGUAAACCGAAAUUUGGAGGACAAGAAUAAUGAGAAAGUUGCCGCUUGGUUUCGGGAUGACGAUGAGAAGAACGAGAAGAAGCCAGAAAAUGAAGGAAAUUUUGAAACGAUGACUGAGGGGCUGACUGAGAUGUAAAAUAGGUAUAUGUGAUUAGGAUUUGUACACAUUCAAGGAACUAUUAGGCGGAAUAUUUGCUCCCCAGGCAUCCAAAGCCAAGAUAGUGAUAGGUUGCACUGAAUACACGUGACUUUUAGGGAAAGAAAUUUACUAAUUUCAAUCUUCUGGAGGAAAGGGUGUUUGGUCUUUGACAUCAUUGGAGGUAUGCGCCUGCAAGUUGCCUUGGUACUUGCUAGACACAUUUGGUGAAAUAUUCUUUCUAAAUGAAAUUCUUGUUGAAUUGACCAAAGGAUUUCUUCUCCCUACCUUCCACAUUCUGUUUGUAUUGUUUGCUGUAAGCUUUCUCCUUUGCUUUGGGCAGUCGGCUUUUUCUCAAUGUUCAAUUGUGUGCGCAUAGAACUGAAGUCCUGUUAAUCUGUAUUAUCUUUAGACCAAUCAAUUUAUUUGUUUUUUCAUCUGAAACCAUUGUUGUCAUUAUUUUUUAAAUGGAGAUGCAUAGGCCUCUAAUUGUAACAUCCGAAACAUGAAAAAUGAAAAUUAUCAUUUUGAGAAGAUCUGUCUCGUGCUCGAGGAUGCUCUUUGGCUUUUCACUCAGGAAAUCUUUGAAAUUUGGUCAAGAUGCUACAGUGAAAAGCAAGCUCCUAGAAUGUAAAAUGCAGGUUACGUAUGCAUUAAAAGUUCAAUAGGAAAGACAGUAGUACCUUGAAGAUCAACAAGGAAGGCAAAGAGUGAAAGAAAUGGCUGGGAAUUCAUGAAUAUAAGUUCGUUCUCGACUGCACAGAGCAUGGAUAAAAGGUUAGUAAUCAUAUCCGCAAAAGAUUGAAUCUUCAACGUUUGCUUUAGCUUUUUGGUUGCCCUUAUCGAUGUUUAAUAGUUGGCUGUGGCUUCUUGAGGAAAAUUCUUUCAGUUUCCUACAGUUUUCAUGAAGAAUGUUAGGGUUUUGGGAAUCCUUGUCCAUUUUCUCGACCGUUCUUGAUGGUAGGAUUUAGAUGUUGAAAACAGCCAAAUAGAUUCUUCUUUGUUUCUGGGUCUUACAGAAAUUGAUGGUUUGUAUU